GCAUGGCCGCCUGUAAAAAUUAAAGAAAAACUCUGCCGUUGUUAAAUUUCACCUGCAGACAUGCCGCUUAGACCACUAAUCAAGCAAGCUUUGAAAAAUAUGAAUGCUGCAUACUUACUUAAACAAGCUGUCAGGUGAAUUAUUUUUGGCGUCUUAAUUUCGUCUCAUCAGGGUGUUUUCCAAUUUACAAACAUGGCGGAAGCUGCAACUUCCCAAUUUUGGCAGUCAGGCUGCGAACACUACAAACGGCAUUGUCGAAUUAUGGCCCCGUGUUGUAACAACGUAUACCCUUGCCACGUCUGUCACGAUGAGAGUGAGGAUCACGCUUUAAUUCGUACAAGCAUCAGUAAGCUGCUGUGCAUCGCUUGCAAUACCCUUCAGGACGCGAAAAAGCAAUGUGACUCUUGUCGUGCUUCGUUCGGAAAGUACGCGUGUCUUCUGUGCUUCAUUUUCGACGAUUAUUGGAAAGGGCAGUUCCACUGCGAUAAGUGCGGGCUGUGCCGUGUGGGGGGUCAAAACAAUUACUUUCAUUGUACGGAAUGCAACAUGUGCUUGGCACGUACAUUGAUGGAUAACCAUAAGUGCGUGACGGAUUGUGCCGCCGGGAACUGUCCGGUUUGUGCCGAAAACUUACACACCACACGUAAAACACUUCACGUAUUGCCGUGCGGGCACAUACUACAUUCGCAAUGUUAUGAAGCGGUGAAAAACGAACAAGAAAGCUGCACUGUGUGUGAGGUGUAGGUGGUAUGAUCCAUUCCAGUUGAUAAAGUGUUCUAGUUUUGUAUUUCUUUUGGUGUAUUUAAAUGUAACGUAGGUACCAAAUAAAUUUUUCU